AUGCAAAAAGAAAUUAAAGAAACGAUGGCGGUUGCUGGCAUCGCCAACAUCCGAGAAAAGACCGUAAAAGAAUUAGAGGUAAGAUCCAAGGGUAUAAUGAAAAGGUAGAUGGGGAUAUCACCAUGCUCCAUUCUGUUGAAGGUGGUAUGCCUUAGUUUUAUGUUUCUGGGCUCCGUGAUUCCGUGCAAGGUUGUGAUCUUGCAAGUUUUGCCUGAAAACAUGUGUUUGGGGGCUCUGUGAGCUCACACAGGUCACAUGACUCACGCAGGAGCGCAGCUGGGAAGACACACAUCCUGAUUUCCAGCAGCAACAAGUUGGAGAGUAUGCAAUUAAACACACACACAUCCACUAAAACAUGCAGAUUGUUAAAAUAAGAACACCACAGCAUGAGUCCUUUCUUUAAGAAACAGCCAGUUCCCCAAAGCCUGUUUGAACAAGAAAGUCUUCACUUGCCAGAAAAUAACAAGGAGAGAGCCAGUAUAACUUUUCUUGGAAAGGAGUGCCAAAGUCUGGGAGCAGCCACCAAGAAGGCCCUCUCCCAUGGCCCUACCAAGCGUACCUUGGUUAAGGUUAACCACAGCUUAGGGUUUGGAUGUAUUGCUAAACUGUGGCUAGCUGAAAUCAGAAUCAAAAGUGAAGCAAAAGUUUACAAUCUUCUCACUGGAGGGAGAAACUCACAAACAAAAUGAACUGUGUCAAUAUUUCAGGGCAUUCUAGAAAAGGAACAAUGGCUAGGAACAGUGAAUGAAUCCAUGACUAAGGAAAGGGGAUGAUCAUCUCUUUUUAUUGUUUUGUUUUUUUUACACACAUUUUACAUAUAUCUGAGCAGAUAGCAAUGUAUGUAGGUGGAAAACAUGAGCUUCCUGUUAUGUUAUUUGAACAGUGACAAACUGCCCCUCAACAUUUUAUUUGCCUCUUGUGCAAUACCAAGCAUGAUGCUACUACCAGUUCAGACAGAGCUUAGCAGCACCCCCCCACACUCCGGAAGGUGGUUUUUUAAAAAAAAGUGUAAGGGAUUCUGGACAAACUUACAGGAAGCUUGCAAGUAUAAAAAUGGUUUGAAAGUAUUAAAAAUGGGGGGGGCCUCUAAUAUUGAAUUUGUAGUGCUGCUCUUUACUUUUUGACAUUCUUAUUAUAUAGGAUUAUGACUUUAGCAAAAUAUUACAGUCUUUGCUGAUCAAAAAAGAUAGCAAGACAUUUAAGAAGGUACAUAUUUAUGAUUUUUUACAGGGUGAAGCAUCAAAGCUCCAGGCAUCUAACAAGUUUCUUAAGAAACAAAUAGGAGUAAGUUUGAUUCAUUUUUAGUCAAAUACAUCCAUUCAAUACAUCAAAAACUGCAUCAUUAGAAAAGGUACUUGCCCUACGGCUACUAAAUGUUUUGGAAAAUGGUUUAUCUGUCUGUCUGUUCUUUAUGGGUUCAGAUAUCUCGUGAGAUAUCAUUGUUUGAUGUGACCGAUCCCAAGAUGGAGGAGUGGGUUUUGGCCCAUGUUUGGACACUACUGGGUGCCAUUUUGAAUCAGGAUGGUGGACUGAAAUAUUCCAGACCACACUGCAGCAAUCUGGGGUUUUGUCAGGACAGGAAGAAGGAGAGGCAGGCAGACUCUACAAAGAGCAGUGUGGGACUUUUUGCAAAAGGGCUUUCAGUCAGCCCAUGCUGCGCUUUCUCACUAGGAUAAUUACAUUAUCCACUUAUAAAUUUCAGGCCGGGUACUUUUCACAAGUCUGCUAUAUAUUUUCUGCCCACUAUGCAUUUGGACAACACCUAACUAGCAUGAUAGUUCCUGAAACAAGAAACAAACAAACAAAACAGAUUUCUAUCUAUGUUUAGAUAAAGUUGGGUGCCAUUUUGAAUCAAGAUGGCAAACUGAACUUUCCAAUACUGCACUGAUUUUAACCACUGAGUUCAAAACUUUUUUGGUUUCUUAGAAUUCCCGCGCUGUGCCAUGUGCAGAGCUGAUACCACCAACAUUUACAUAUAUAGACCUAUAUAUGGGGCACUCAUUUCAUCAGUAUAUGUACGUCAGCAUCAUUAAGUCACACAUAUAAAUAUCUAUAAGUUCUAUAUGUAAACAAAUAGCUAUGAAUAAACAUUAUAUAUCUGUAUCAGUCAUCUGUGAAUCGCGUGGAUGUAUAUUAUAUCAACCAAUUUGUUUCGAGUAAAGAAUCUGUCUCAUUUUGUGUUUCUCAGGAUGCUGAGCAGACAAUCACAAGUGCAUUACAGAGGCAGAAGUUUAGUGAGAAAAGCCAGCGGUGAGUCUGAACGUUCUAAACUAGGCGAUGCUUAAAUUGUGCCUGAGCUCACUCAGAGUCAGAGUAACCUAGGGCUUAACUAUGGAGUGCAUUCAGCAAGAGCAGAUGAGAAUGACCCUGAACAACUGCAUUUCUCUCAUUACUGAGUAAAUGUAGAGUCCCCGCACAUCAGGCAUUGGAAAAAAGGUCCCCAGAUCAGAAGACCGUGCUUCCACAUAAAUCUGAGUUCUAUAAUAUUUUAUUUUUUAACAAAUCUUGAGGACUGAAGCCAGAUAUGGCUCUGUUCUUUAUACUACCUGCCACAAAUUGGUUAUGGAAUCCCCCUUACAUUAUAUUUACACUGUGCACAUGUGCACAAAAACAUUAAGCAAGGCUGCAGUCUUCUGGACACUUAUCUGGAAAUAAGUCCCCUUGAACUCUGUGGAGUUUACUUUGAGUUACACCUACAUAGGGACAUGUGCCAUGUUAGGGAUUGUGAGGAGAGCAUGCAUGAUGUAUUCAGUCAAGGGACUUGUGCUAUGAAGAAUCAGCCAUACACUUUUGAGUGCCAGCCACCCAAACUGUAGCAAACAAUCACUGUUUGUGACAAUCUGUGGUGAUGACCCUUUGAAAGGCCUUAUACCAACAUAACUGAUUCCUCUACAGUUGUGAGGUGAACAAACAGUAGCUCUCUCUGGGACAACUGGUGUGAGAGCCUUUGGUAAGCGGGGGAAAAAAAAAGCCGUCAGAGGAUGGUCACCAAAAGAUUUUUUCUAGCCAAACUUCCAUUCAUCCAUUUGUUAGUCACUAAUAGUCAAUGAAGGGAUUUUGUAAGGAUGGAGAAAAACAUGUGCUGUUAUUCAGUACCAUGAAGAGAAAAGCUAAGCCUGCUCUGCCUUGAUGACAUCGGAAAAGGGAAAUGCAGAAGGAUAUGAACAGCUCAUUUUCCUGCAAGAAUAAUGGAAUUUGUUAUGUCAAAAGUUAAAAAACCCAAAUCAAACCACAGUGGUGUUAUUUUAAAAUCAUUGAAAUAUGGCUAUCCUAGAGGUUAUUGGCAAUAAAAUAUUAAGGCAAUUAGCAGCAGAUAAUAGUGGGAUACAAGGUUAAUUAGUCUCUUUUAUAGGCUGUUAAUUAUUAAAAGUAAUUAGCCGGGAGACAGUUAAAGAAAUGCCCUUACUAAAUAUUUUUUAAUGUGUUAAACUUUUAAGACGAUUUCCAAUUUUGCUCCCAGUGAAAGUGCGCGUUCAGAUUCCUUUAAAUUGUACCAUGCCUUGGAGAUAUUUGCAUAAUAAGACAGUUUAUAAAUGAGGGUGCUCCUUUUAUUAUGAUUCUCAUUUUGGGAGCUGGCGUCAGUCUCCUUCAUUAUAGAUUAGGGAAUUUGAAAGGCUGUGAGGAGCCUGAGAAUCAAAGUCUGUCUGGGAGGCAUAAUUGAAGGAGGGUGUCUAAUUGCGUGAAGUCAGAACUGGAUCAUCUCUCCCCCCCUUGCCCUUAGUGCUCAGAAGCGUAUUUAAAUGGCAUUAAUUAGCGGCAAGGCACAGAUUAAUAACGAGACUAUUCAGUCCCCAAAGGAGCAACUUCUUGGGUGCUGUGUGAUGUUAUCUGCUGAACUGAAGGCAAAAUGUGUGACUAAGUCAAUAUUUACCUGCACACAAUAUACCCAGCUGGCUUAGCUCUUGUUACCAACUCUCCAUAAUAUAGAAUCACACAUAGCCCAACCUACCCAUGAACCUAAGCAAGAACUAGAGGAAUGAAUCAGAUGCAUAUCCAGAUGUGCAUUGGAAUGAAUAUGCUUGCAUGUAUGGAUACUGCCUGUCUACACUGAAUUGCUUUCAGUAGCCCACACAUUUGAAACACACAUCUCCAGCCAUAUUUUGGUGCAAUGGGUUAUGCAUAAAUCCUGUAUCUUCACUGAAACUGGGACUAGAUUAGGAUAUUAGAGUUGGAAUGGACUACAGAGGAAUAUUCUUAUAUUUCUAUUCACUCCCUAAAUCAACAUAUGUAAGCUCGAAUGUUGUUAUUAUUGCUGCUGUUGCUGCUGCUGUUAAAUUUCUUUAUCCUCCACUCUAUCUUUGAGAUGUCCAAAGUAGUUUUCAUUGGGGUCACAUGCAAUCCCCCCAUCCAGUGGCUCAGGGGACAUACUAGAUAGAGAAGAGGUGCAUUGCAGAAAAGUCCCUGCUAACAAAAAAGCUCCUGAAGACUUUGUCAGCUCCAACCCAGGUAGGAACUAGCACUUGUAGAAGAUGAACACCCUUGGCCUCCUCCAGGCUUCCCUUUGUGCCAUGUUUCUAAGCACAGUCUGCACUUUAAAGCUCAAAAAAAAAACACUUUUUUUUUUGCCCCAGCGCUUUCCCCAUUGAAUCCCACUCUUACCUACUCUUACCAUUGAAUCAGAGCAAAUGACAACCCACAGAAAACCCAAAUUUGCUGUUUGUUCCGAUUCAGCUGUGGAAAUCAGCGGGGGCAGGGGAGCUGUCCAACACAGAGCUUGAAAGCGCAGAUCUUUGCCUAGAAAGCAGAGACACUGAGUUCUGCCCAGAGGGGUGGGGGUGGGGGUGGAAAGCUCAGCAUGUGACAUCACACAUGUGAUGCACAUGUGUGGUGUCAUGCAUGUCAGGAGGAGCCUGCGAGUCCUGAUGAGACCCACCAUCACUGUGAAGGGGGGACAAUGAGGCACGCCACCGCUAUGGAAAGGCCCGGCAAGCCCGCCACCAUCGCAGGAAGGCCUGGCAAGACCAAGCCCCUCAAGAUGGGGGGGGGGCUCAACUCCACCCAACAUACUUUGGGGGGGGGGAUAGAGUUGGUGUGGGGCAAAAGGUAAGUGUGGAGGAGCCCUAAGAGCCCAUCUCCCAAACAUGCUCUCAUUAUGAGGAGGACUUUCUGUAUAGAUGGCAUCAUGACAGGAACAUUGUGGAACAGUCUUGGAGACCAUAAUAGACACAGAACAUUGCUUCUCCACAGAACAUUGCUUCAUAUCCUAUGAAGUAAAUGAAUGAAAUAAUUGAUUUAUUAUGAACACAGACCAGAAACACAGACAUAUACGGCAAUAGAGAACAGGUAAAUAGGUUAAAAUUAAACUCUAUAAGCUAGAACACGGUAAAUAGUACAGAUAUAAAACAAUCGAAAUAUGUAGGCUAAAACCUUAACCGCUAAUUUAAAAUAUGUGUGCUAAGACAUUGACCUUUGGAUUCAUUCAGGGCUUUUCUCCUUAAUUGUAUAGCAACAGCAGCAGCAGCACAGAAUUUAGCCACUUUUGAGGUAAUCUCUGGUUCCCUGUUCUCUAUUAGAUAUUUUAAGUUGUGGUCAUCAGAUCUGCUUGGGAUUCGUUGCAUGAUUGGGGUGAUAAAUACUGAAAGUAUAUCUCUGUAAUAAUGGCAGUAUAGUAGGACAUGAAUAACAGUUUCAACUUCCUUCCAACUGCAUGGGCACAUUCGUUCUGAAUAUGGGAGGGGCAUUGAAUCCGGCAAGGGUAAAAUAUUUUCUAAAUUUGAGUCUUUCUAGCUUAGAUAAAUGAACAGUUGACAAUUUCUCCCUUGUAGAUUGUCUAGUGCUAAAUCAACAUGGAAUAGUGAGAAGAUGGGAGAGCAAAUUACUCUUUCCCCACAACAUUUGAGGCUACUCUUUAAUAAAAAAGUAGAGAACAGUUUGGUGGGGUGCUUCAGCCAAAUACUUGCCACAGUGGGUUUUAGCCACAAGUGUGUUGUUGUUUUCAUUUGUUUUUAGGCAUCUGUGGGGAUGGUGGAGGACUUCUUGA